GGUUUUUUCGGCCAAAUCUUCAUGUCACCAUGGCUGCCAGGAAAAGUCCCGCCUCUUACACUCAUCCAACUCAGAGCGCCUUUCCGGGAAACAACCGGAAGUGGAGUCUGGAAGUUUGGUCUUUCUAGCCGAGCGCUUCAUGGCAUGACGGCGCUGCUUGUUGCGCCUGCGCACCGCGCCCGUCCCAGCCAGACCGCUGUUCCGGGAAUCAUAACCGGACGUGGCGUAUAACGUGGGUCUUUCUCGAGCAUGAUGGCGGCCGCCGGAAGCCCCGCCUCCCCCUUAGCAACGGCGGCCCUAGCAACGGCGGCGGGAGAAGAUGGCCAUGCAGACGGAGUGGCUGGUGCCCCUGGCUCAGCCCCGGCAGAAGAAGCGGCGCUGCGAGCUCUGCCUCGGUCCCGCCAACGUCCGCUGCGCUGCCUGCUUGGUCACCUACUACUGCGAUGUGGACCACCAGAAUGCCGACUGGGUUAGCGUCCACGCCAAGAUCUGCCAGCUGCUCAUCCCUCUGCGGGCGGCUCCCCCCUUCUACACCUCGGAGAAGGAAAGGAAACUCGGGGAGGAGCAGAGGCGGAACCGAGAGAUCUUCCUGGCUGAAGUGACCUACGAGACGGCCCAGAAUUUUCUCAUCGAAGGCCACUACGAAGACGCCAUCCCAGCCGCCCUGCAAUCCCUGAAAUUCAGCAUCAGCAUUUAUGGCCCCAGUGCGGUGGAGCUGGUCCCCCCCUAUCUCAUCUUAGCCGAGACCAGCUUGGGCCUGGGUCACCUCUCGCAAGGCGAAGAGUACCUCUCCCAAGCUCAGUGGAUCGUCCUCAAGAACACCCACUGCAGCUACCACGUUCAGUCCAAGCUGUAUCGCAACCUGGGGCUCCUGCACGCUGCCAAAGGGAACUUGGACGAGUCUUUGUACCACCUGGCCAACGACGUAUACUUUGCGUGUUGCGCUUUUGGGACGACGAGCAACGUGGCUGUCUCUGGAGGCUACUUCCACAUGGCCAACGUCUUCUCCCACCAGAAUAAGAUGGACAUUGUGGAUUCCUUGUAUUGUGAGGUGGUGGAUCUCUGGUACGAUCACUUCAGCCACUUCGUUGAAAUCCAGUACCAAAAACUCAUCACUCCCACAGAGGUGGACCUGCUGUCUGUGGAAGACAGGACAGAGGAGGAUGUACUGGAUGAGAAGCAGCAGGCCGAAGCGACGCAGAUGCUGAACUCCAUCUUGGAUUUCCGAGACGCAUCUCUCAGACCGCAGCCAAAGAAGAAGGCUAAACUGCUGCACGCAUUGGCCAUGUUUCAUUUCUUGGUCCAUGAUCUGGCAAAGGCAGACGAAUUUGUGAUGAGAUUUCUACAAACCGCACAAUCCCUGCCCAAACGUGACCCGAACGAAUCGCUUUACCACUUGGUCAAACUGAUCAAAUCCAAAGAAGAGCAGGCGAAAUAGCUCUUCCCAGCUCCCUCAAGGUGCUUGAGUAAAACUGGAACCGAGAAAAACAUUGAUAGAAACAGGAGAAUCGAGAAUAAGGGGGAACAUGGAAGCCAUUUCUGGAGACAGCCCCCUAAAAGACCAUUAUCUGCCAUCAUCCCAGUAGCAGCACUUAAGUUUAUUUUGGUUUGAGGCCUGGAUGACGGUGCCCAGAGAGCAGUCAAAGACAUGGAUGGGCCCAUCUAUGAGGCUGUUUUACACCGUGUUGGGGGGGAGGGUGUACACAUACACCAUCCAAGGACUCCCUUUAAUGGACUCUUCAGCCACAGGGGAUUUCUGUUUCUUCUGGUUGUUCAUUAAAUCCGCCCUCUUAUUGUCCAUGUCAUUUCAAACUAACCCAGAUAAAUAUUGUGCCUCUGGCGUUUCUCAGAUGGUUUGAUGCAGCUGGGGUGUGUGUGCGCAUGCGGGUGCAGGCUUUCUGGUCCUGUUGAUCAGAAGCGUGCUCUCUCGGGAGUGGGGGGGGUCUUUCUGCUGGGUCUGGGGUGUCUUUUUCCAUCUCUGGAGGAAGGGGAGGCUAAGACCCAGCUGAGAAGUUUGAAGAACCAAGCUAACGUCCUCCAGUGGGCAGUUCUUCUCUAACCACCAUCCUGCUGCUUAAAAAGAAAUUUAGAAAACCAGCAACCUCUAAAAGACCCAGGGAAAAGUCACCACCAGGAGAUCCCUCCUUCCCGACGUCUUAUAGAUGUUGCCGGUUUUCUAAAUUUCCUGUUAAGCAUCAGGGAAAUCACUCCUUUCUCUCUUCUGGGGGCUCAGCUGCUCCAUUUGUGGUGUUCUUGACGACUUCACCUCUCCCAGAACAUCCUGCAUGACUGUCCAGGAUCGGGGUGCUGCAGUCACUUCCCAGAAUCCCCACCUGGGGCUGCUGUCGGCUGAGGAAUUCUGGGAGUUGAAGUUUGGCCUCUGCCAGUUGUCCAGACUCGAACAGGUUUUACAAGCCCCCCCCCCCCCCCCAACUGAAGCAACUUUUCAGGACACACAAUCCCAAGUUUUAUUUUAUUUAUUUGAUCCAUACAAACGUGUCCUUUCUGGCUUUCCUUCUCUCCCUUUCCCAUUGGCACUUC